AUGGGCCUCGUCCGGAGAGGGCUGCUCGAGGACGUGUUCCCCUUCCCCCGCGACGGCCGCGGCGACCUCGGCUUCGAGCUGCACAGCGAGCUGGCUCGCUGCUGGGCGUGGGGGCUCGGCCUGCUCGCCGCGGUCGGACUUGCGGUCGAGGUGCUGGGCCGGGCGUCAGGGGACGCCAUGGCAGGCCACCUGACGCUCGCGCACGCGUGCCUCCUGGCGUGGUGGCUGCCGCUGGUGCACCUCCUCUGCGCGGCGAGGCGCGAGGCCCUGCUGCUGCGGCAGGGGCUGCUCCGGGAGCACCAGCUGCUGGCGCGCGAGCUGCGGCCGCCGCGCAUGGAGUGCCGCAAGGCGCUCCGCACCUCGCCGGCCACCUGGCGCGCCGACGACUACGUGCGCCGCGCCGGCGUCUCUCUGGCGGUGCUCGCCCUCGUCGUGGGAGUCUUCGCGUGGGUGCACCACCUCAUCGGGCUCGCGGUGCUGCUGUGCGGCCAUGGUGGCUACGAGGACGCGUCGUGGCUCGUGGCGUCGGUGAGCGUGCUGCAGGUCCCUGGUCUGAACUGGGCGCUCAGGAGAGCCGCGAUCUUCUUGACCAGGUGUGAGGAUCACCGGUCGGAUAGCUCGUUCCAGCGCGCCUACCUCCAGAAGUCUGCGGUGCUCCAGCUGGCGAACACGGUCGCGCUGCCCGUCUACGUCGGGCUCUUCCUCGACCUUCUCGAGUCCUAUGGGAGCCCCCUGGUCGAGGCAUCGUGGAGUUGCGCGACUGCUGAGCAAGGCCAGGAGCGCUGCAGGUCCGAGCGGCUGAACCGCCAGCUGUACGCCACGCUCCUGGCCUUCAUCGCGAAGGCCCUCGCCACCUUCGUCCGAGCGCAUCAGGCGUGGAUGCACCAUGUACAGCGUCACGCCGAGGAAGCCCCCAGCGUCUCCCGCAGCGCGGUGGCUCAGGACCCAGGAGAGCAGCAGGUCGUCCUCCGGCUGGACGUCACCAUCAAGGGGGCCGCCGAGCUCCCGGACACCAGCGUGAUCGACACGCCCGAUCCCUACUGCGUCUGCGAGGUGAAGGGCGACCACGGCCGCACCCUGGCCCGCUUCCGCACGCGCAGCGUCGGGGACUGCCUGAGCCCCGAGUGGAACCACCGCGGCAGCAUCCGCUCGUACACCCCGGGGAGCGCGCUGGCCUUCACCGUCAAGGACUCCAACCUGGGGCGCGACACGGUCCUCGGCGCCGCGACGCUGGACUAUGCAGAGCUCAAGCCCCUGAUCGCUGGCGCGCCGGCGCCCCGCGGCAGCGCUGGCGAUGUGCCCUGCUGGCAGGCAGGCCGCUGGCUGCCCUUGGCGCAAGUGGCCGGCGAGGGGGCGGAUGCCGCCGGGAAGAGGGGGCCAGCGGUGCACGUGGCCGUGGCGUGCAGGCGCAUCCCUCGCCUCGUUCGUCUGCUGGAUGCGGCGGCGGCGGCGCCGCGGGUGGGGGACGCGCGGCUGGACAUGCGCUGGGAGGCGGACGACGUCGUGGAGCGCGCCCUGCUGCUGGCGCUGCUGGUCGUCUCCUCGGCCACGCUGCCCGCCGCAGGCUGCGCGGUGCUGCUGUGCUGGCUGCUGCAGCUGCAGGCCCUCUCGGACUCCGCGCUGCGCGGCGCCAGGCGGCCACUGCCUGCGGAGCCCGACGCCGCCGCCUGGCGGCCCGGGGCCCAGGGCAUGGAGCACCUCUUCCUCCUUCCUCUCUUCUAG